GGAGGGGCUCCCUUCCGGGAGGAGGGCAACUACUAACCCGGAAGCGGUCAGCGGUGAGGUGCUGUUUAAAGAUGGCGGCGGAGGAACCUCAGCAGCAGAAGCAGGAGCCGCUCGGCAGCGACUCCGAAGGUGUUAACUGUCUUGCUUAUGAUGAAGCCAUCAUGGCUCAGCAGGACCGAAUUCAGCAAGAGAUUGCUGUGCAGAACCCCCUGGUCUCGGAGCGGCUGGAGCUUUCCGUCCUGUACAAGGAGUAUGCUGAGGAUGACAACAUCUAUCAACAGAAGAUCAAGGACCUCCACAAAAAGUACUCAUACAUCCGCAAGACCAGGCCCGACGGAAACUGCUUCUACCGAGCUUUCGGAUUCUCGCACUUGGAGGCGCUGCUGGACGACAGCAAGGAAUUGCAGCGGUUUAAGGCCGUGUCUGCCAAGAGCAAAGAGGACCUGGUGUCCCAGGGCUUUACCGAGUUCACAAUCGAGGAUUUCCACAACACGUUCAUGGACCUGAUCGAGCAGGUGGAGAAGCAGACCUCCGUAGCUGACCUGCUGGCCUCCUUCAACGACCAGAGCACCUCGGACUACCUGGUGGUGUACCUGCGGCUGCUCACCUCAGGCUACCUGCAGCGGGAGAGCAAGUUCUUCGAGCACUUCAUUGAGGGGGGGCGGACGGUCAAGGAGUUCUGUCAGCAGGAGGUGGAGCCCAUGUGCAAGGAGAGCGACCACAUUCACAUCAUCGCGCUGGCCCAGGCCCUCAGCGUCUCCAUCCAGGUGGAGUACAUGGACCGCGGCGAGGGCGGCACCACCAACCCGCACAUCUUUCCCGAGGGCUCCGAGCCCAAGGUGUACCUCCUCUAUCGGCCUGGACACUACGACAUCCUCUACAAAUAGGGCUGGCCCCACCCGCCGCUGCCCUGCCUGCCCUCCCCUCUGCCAGGCGCUAGACAUGUACAGAGGUUUUUUGUGGUUGUAAAUGGUCAUAUUUCACUCCCCCCCCUCCCCGUCACGCAACCUUCCACAUUUUAUUAAAGGGGAUGCUGGUGGUGAGCCGCGUGUCUGCGUGUCCCUGCUCUGCUGCUGCCUGCCCGGCCGCUGUGUCCGGCUGUCCCCCCCCCCCCCCCCCCAGGUGGGUUCCUCUUGGCCUUCCACCUGUCCACACCCAAGCCUCCCCACCAGGAGCAGUUUUGAGGGGGCUAGGCCUCUUGGGGACCCCCUUCUGGUGACCUGCUCCCUUCCCUUCAGGCAGCCAUCCCCCUUCCCU